UGCAUAAUUUGGUAGGUUGACAUCAGACAGUCUUAUUCUUACUUUCCCUUUUCCACGACAGUCUUCAAAUCUGUACAGAAAUCUCCCUUCAAUUGCUCCGCCCUACUAUAUACAUACAUGCUGUAUGCGUACUCAUUGAUGCUUGGCGUGUCGCAGAAUUCGCGAGUAAAAGAUUCAAGAUUUACGUGGUGAAAUGAGAGGCGCAGAUUUUAAGUGGUACGAUGGGUUCUUCUUGUCAAUGCUAGCAACUAGUAUAAUCAUUGUAGCGAUCAAUUGGAAGCGGUACCAUCUUUGUAUAUACCCUUUGCACAUUUGGAUUGUGGUUGACUACACGACAGUGUUUCUUUUCCGGCUCUUGAUGUUUGUUGAUAAUGGACUUGCUGCUGGAAUGGGAUUGGAUUUGGGUUGGCAGCAGAGAUAUACUCGCUUUCGUGGAAGAAUAGUUGUUCUUUCAAUUCUUGCCCUGUUCCUGUAUCCCUUUCUUUGGGCUUGGACCAUUAUCGGGACUUUAUGGUUCAGUAGUGCGAGAAACUGUUUGCCAGAAGAAGGUCAAAAAUGGGGUUUCCUUAUUUGGUUGCUAUUCAGCUACUGUGGACUCCUUGGCAUAGCUUGCAUAUCAACUGGGAAGUGGUUAACUAGAAGACAAGCCCAUUCAUUACGUGCUCAACAAGGAAUUCCUACUUCUGAAUUCGGGGUGUUGGUUGACAUGAUCAGAGUGCCAGAUUGGACGUUUACAGCAACAGGCCAGGAGAUGAGAGGGAUGGGCCAAGAUGCUACUUCAUACCAUCCAGGAGUUUAUUUAACCCAAGCUCAGAGAGAAGCAGUGGAAGCACUCAUUCAGGAACUACCAAAGUUCAGGCUAAAGGCUGUUCCUACUGACUGUUGUGAGUGUCCUAUCUGUUUGGAAGAGUUUCGUGUGGGAAAUGAGGUUCGUGGUCUGCCUUGUGCUCACAACUUCCACGUGGAAUGCAUUGACGAGUGGCUUCGGCUAAACGUGAAGUGCCCUAGAUGCCGCUCUUCUGUUUUCCCAAAUCUUGAUCUAAGUGCUUUAUCCAAUAUCCGAGCUGACUUAGAGAGGUCAACAGCCAGCGUUGUGACAGAAGCCCGGUAUAUGAGAUCCCAACCCUCCAGCCAGAGCUACCUGCUGAGAUUGCAAGGUUUGCUCCGCCCAGUGCGCACACAGGACGCUGGCGUGGGCAGUGAGGUAGAUGCAACUUCAGGAACAGCUGAAAGCAGAAACCAAGCAUUGACACCUCAUCAUCAGGGAAACAUGGAGCCUGCACAAGUUGUCGUAGAACAGUCCCCAAGGGUGUAAUAACCAUUUCUUCUAUGGAGGUCCCUAACAGGCUGAAAUGUCUAACUUGGCGAUUUGUAACAACUCCUAGCCAUUGUUGAGUGUUCCAACAUUGGUUUCUCAUUGUAAUCAAAAUUCAUGGAUUGAAAAGCUAAAAUGCAUUUGAUGGAAGGAAAUGUGGUGGCAAUGAUUUAUGCUCGUGGCGAGUUUGUUCUGGUAUGAGUUA